GUGGCGCGGCGCGCGCUGCGUCAGUGUUCCGCGAGCCUCCAUCGUGUUUUGUUCGUAUCCUAGCCCGGUCCCGGCCUCCAUCAUCGAGUCUGCACCAGGGUGGGAGGGAAUCGCCGCCGCCUGCAGACGCGAGAGCUGACGAGAACCGCCACAGAGACAAAAGUGCCUUCUUCCUUCCUCGCCGCGAGCCGAAGAUCCCACUCAGGAUGGCGGACGACAGCCACGAGAACGGCACCAGCAACGGCGACGUGCCCGAGAUCGAGCUGAUCAUCAAGGCAUCGACGAUCGAUGGCCGUCGAAAGGGCGCCUGUCUCUUCUGCCAGGAGUACUUUAUGGAUUUGUAUCUUCUGGCGGAGCUAAAGACGAUUUCCCUGAAGGUGACCACCGUGGACAUGCAAAAGCCGCCACCCGACUUCCGUACCAAUUUCCAGGCCACCCCGCCACCCAUCUUGAUCGACAACGGCGAUGCGAUAUUAGAGAACGAGAAGAUCGAGCGACACAUCAUGAAGAACAUCCCUGGCGGGCACAAUCUGUUCGUACAGGAUAAGGAAGUGGCCACUCUCGUGGAGAACUUGUUUAGUAAACUCAAGCUGCUGUUACUGAACGCGAAGGACAAGGACAAGGAUCCCAAGUCCUCGUCAUUGAUGGCGCAUCUACGUAAGAUUGAUGAGCAUCUGGGUCGCAAGGGCACGCGCUUUCUUACCGGCGACACCAUGUGCUGCUUCGAUUGCGAGUUGAUGCCGCGGCUGCAGCAUAUCAGGGUCGCCGGCAAGUAUUUCGCCGACUUCGAGAUACCGGAGACCCUGGUGCAUUUGUGGCGGUACAUGCACCACAUGUACAGGCUCGACGCUUUUCUACAGAGCUGCCCGGCCGAUCAGGAUAUCAUUAACCACUACAAACUGCAACAGAGUAUGAAAAUGAAGAAGCACGAGGAGCUGGAGACGCCGACCUUCACCACGAGUAUCCCGAUUGAGGUCAACGAUGAUUAGGCUGGAUCUUCCUCGAGUCUUGCGAUCGCGUGACUUUGAUUAGACAUCGAGAUCGAGACUUAUAUCGAAACGGCGAAUCGUCUCGACAGAGUUUCAAUGGCGCGCGCAUUUUGUAAUUUAAUAUCUAUUAUUAUAGUAUUUUUAAAACAAACGGGAAUUUUUCCAUUGAAACUCGCGUCUUUCCAGCUGCCAGCUCGUGCCCUCGCCGUAUCAUUGAUCGAUUCAUAUCUUUUUGCUAAAGCAAUCAUUGCUGAAUGCCUAAAUCCCUUUUCUGGGAUCAAGUCAGGUGUAAACGAAUUAGCUUUUUUACCGCAAACGACGCGAAAAUAUAUAUAUAUAUAUAUAUAUAUAUAUAUAUAUAUGUAUGUAUGUAUAAAUAAAUAUAAGUGCAUUAAGACUUAAGUCUUAGUAUCAAUAGAUUAUCAAUUUUCUCUAUUUUUCUUUUUUUUUUUUUUUUCCUCGCUAUGUAUGGCAUACAUACGUAGUUUUGACCUGAGUAGUAUUAGCAAGAUUUUAAUUUGCUAUUAUUGAUUCAAGGCUUAAGUUGAUUGGAAGAAGCUAUCAUGAUUUUGUCACUUUUUUAAUGGCAACAAUCGUGGAAACUAAUACCAAGAGUGCAAAAGAAACGUAUGCAUUUGCGGGAAUUAAAUUGGGUGCCAUUAUUAUAUCUUUGAAAAUUUAAUAAAAUUUAUUUUAGUCUCUUUAAAUAAUUAUUUCUAGACAUUAGUCUUACGCGAGAAACGUAAGUAAAGUUGAAUAAAACAUAAAAUAUAAAAAAUAUUUGAGAGCUAACAUGUUUCAAUAUUAUUUGCGUAACUUUUUUAUAAAUAUGUUAGAGUUUUCUUAAUUAUUAUCUCUAGUUCUGUUAUAAGUUAUUGUAAUAAUCGAAAUAUUUGCGUUUAAUGGAAAGAAUAUGGAGUUUAAAGUCAUAAAUUUGUUUAACACAGUUUCAUGUUUCUAAACGCGAUUGCAUGAUGAACGCAUGCGUUAUCGAUAUACAUAGAAGAAAAAAGGAAACGUUUCGCUAUAUCUUGCAAAACAAAAUGGUGCAAAAGUGCAUACGUUUCUUGUGAAUUCCGCGGUGUAGGUAUCUUGUUAUAUUCCCGUUUCAUUGUUAGCACUUUUACUGAUUUUUACAAACGAAGAACGAGUAUUGCAAGCGUAACGUUCUCCGAAGUUUCUCGAGUCGAAAGCAUUUAAAAUAAUAACGGCAUCCAAGAGCAUCGACUCUGCUUAUUUCCGCACUAAUACACAAUCCACUGUUCCAGAAAAACAGAAAACGAGCGAUUUUAUACUCGUAAGCAACUGUCUAUUUUCGCAUUAGUAAUUCUAUUAUUAUUAUUACUAUUAUUAUUAUUAUUAUUAUUAUUAUUACUAUUGUAUUAUUAAUUUUGGUUUAUAUAUCCGUAAAAAUCAAUAUACCAGUGUUUACAUUUAA